UUUAAUAAGAACGACACAGUACGAUGUAGACUAGCUUCGUCGGCUUAUUGCUCCCUCAUUUUUUCGACCUUCAAAGCAUGAGCUCGAGACUCGAGAUUCACUCUGGCGAAUCGAAUCUUCUUGUUGUGCUCAUUGCUGCCUUUUUAUCCGAGUACAACACGUCACCCAUGGUUCCUGUCAGAUACAACAACAUGAGGAGUUCUUGCUUGCUUCUGUGCAAGCGAAGCUCGAAUCUGGGUUCUGAGAGAUGCCCCACAACUUUGGUUCUGGGUUUGCCCGCAGAACUCUUUUUUGAUCAUCCAUGACAAAGACGGACAAUUCUUUCUUCUACCAACCCGUCGUGGUGGGCUACGGUUCUAUCCAUGAUAGCACCAGUAUUAAUGGCUCAACCGUUGAAGAGCUGAUCUCACUGCCUCCCCUUGGAAGUACCAGCAACACUAUAGCAUCCACUGAUUCCAACACUUCAAUUGCCACACAAGAAAAACAAUCUCAUGCGCGCAAUUCUACGGCUGCGGAUCUCCGACUGUCUAUGCUCUCCAACUUUUCGACUGCCUACAAUGUAAUCUCCAUCAGUUUGGCAUUGGAUCUUCUAUCGACACAACGUCACCUCUCUGUGGCGGACAAGUCGCUCUGCAGUUCGGCGCUUUUUGCUGGAAUGAUCGCAGGGCAGCUGGGUGGAGGCGCACUUGGUGACGUCUGUGGAAGACAUAUUGCAAUGAUGGCCGUCAUGUUAUUGCAAGUCUUGGCCUCGCUACUUUCAUCUCUAUCCACCGAUUUGCCAAUGGCAAAUGACAACGAUACCGAUGAUACCAAGAACAUACGGGUCAGCCUUGUCACGAUGCUUGCCUUUUGGAGGUUUGUUCUGGGUGUGGGCUGUGGUGGAGUGUACCCUCUGGCAGCCACCCUGACUGCGGAAUCCAGCAACGACGGCGAGUCGGCCAAAGCAAGACGUGUAGCUCUGGCAUUUUCCUUUCAGGGUGUAGGCUACUUGACGGUCCCCGUCGUCGCCUUGAUGAUUGUUUGGCUGCUAGGAGAGGCAUCAGAUCUUGCCUGGAGACUCUUGUUAGGGUUGGGUGCCGUACCGGGCAUCGUUCUGACCUUUACUAGGGUCCGCAACAAUGUCUUGCACAACAAUGUUCGCAAGAGCACACCCGAUAUCACCAAGCUUGCGCAACACGGAACCACACGAACUCCAUCUGUGUUGGACGCGAUAAGUCAAGAGCCACAGCUGUGGCGCAAAAUGUUAGGCACUGCAGGAUGCUGGCUUCUGUUUGACAUUGCGUACUACGGGAACAUCAUGUUUCAACCAAUCGUAUUGGCAUGUGCAUUUGGUGAAGAGGAGGAAACUGCUGGGCAUGCAGCUCGCGACAGUGCUCUCAUUGCCGCUCUCGCUUUGCCCGGAUACUUUAUGAGUUACUGCAUGGUCAACAGACAGUCUCCACGAUUCAUCCAGAUUCAGGGAUUCUUGGUCAUGGCCGUCCUCUAUGCUUGCAUUGCCGCCUACUUUGAACAAAUGAGCAAGAAUCGCUUCGUUCUUCUAGGCUUCUACGGGGCAACAUUCUUCUCGUGCAAUUACGGUCCAAAUUCGACGACAUUCAUGCUCCCGGCCAUAACCUAUUCCAAAGAAUGUCGAUCGACUUUAAACGGUGUCUGCGCUGCCAGUGGCAAGGUUGGGGCCUUGCUCGGGUCCAUUGUCUUUGCCAGGGCAGUGCAACGUUUUGGGCAGGCGGCUGUCUUUGCCUCGUGUGCCUGGCUCAGCGUCAUUGGUGCUCUCGUGACGUUUGUGUGCGUGCAACCUCCCAAUGAUGACAUCAUUGGACCGGACGAGAUCAUUGGUGCGCUGGAACGAGGCAAGCCCGUACCCGGAACUCCUGUCCUCAACAAAAAGAAGAAGAUUCCCUCUGUCUACAGUCUGCCAUCCAUCUUUGACUUUUAUGAGGUGGCUAUACGCAGUGGCAACGGCAAUGCCGACAAUAGCCGAGAAAAGAUUCAUGUCGUCUCAUCCUGAUUGUACAUUGGUCAGGCCAUCAGGGAGCCCUGCUUUGAUACUGCUGCAUUCUGUAUAGCCUACCGGUAAGCGACAGCAUCUGAGUUCGGUCGUGAUGGUGUCUUUCGUGUCCUUGAAAAGGCGAAUCGGCCAAAACAAUGACAUCUCACGGCUGCGCCAACCAUACAGAGAUGACCAUGGUCACGAACCAACCUCGGAUGUCAACUACAUCUAUACAGUUAAGUUUCAGUAUCUAUAGUUUGUUCAAAUGAUGUAGUGC